AUGUCUGUAAAUACGAGCCACGAUAUGUCAGAGGGUGCUUACAAGCGUCGCAACCGAGCCGACAGCGGCACCUUUACAUGUGAAGAUGAAACCGAAAGUUUCCGCGAGGCAAUGCUACGCCUUGCCGACUACAUGAUUGAAGAAGACCCCAAACUCGAAAAGCCCGAUCAGCUUACCCUACGUUACUUCAGGCGCAUCUACCAGAUUCCAGACAACACUAACUACGUUAUUACUAGAUUCUUGGACCGUACCCAGCUGAUCACAUCGCCCUCUGACCCUGCUGAUGCACCAGGUCUGGCUCAUUGCAUACGACUUGUGUCGAAUAACGAAUCUGGAAGUUGGGCUGACAACCGGGCUGAGAACGAGCGUACUGUCAAGAAUUUACUGCUAGACCGAGCAAACCGAGUAUGUAAUCGCCAUAUCUUCGCCGUUGGAAAAGUCGUCGGUGGACGAUGGACUAUCGAGUCCGAACUGGGAGGUGUUGACGGGACUUUCAAUCAAGGUAUCCUCUUCGUGCGCGAUCAUCUCCAAGAAGACAUGCGCAUCAUGAAGGUCUUACCUUCAGAAGCCAUGUAUCCUGGCUUUCAAGCCCGAGAGAUGAAUAUCUUGAGCCGCCUACAUCAUCGCAACAUCAUCACCCUCUACGACGCGCAUCUUCCUAGCCCCGUCACAGAACGUCACGCCUCGCCGUACCUAGUAACAGAGUAUUGCGACAAAGGUACUCUAGCCGAUUUGAUCAAGACCUGGAACGAGCGCGGCAAGCUCAUUCCCGAAAGCUUCGUGUGGCAAGUCUUCGAAGCCCUAGUAACCGCUAUCCAGUACCUACAUCGUGGACCCUAUCCCUACAAUGAAGCGGCCUACAACUGGGACCCCAUCACCCACCGUGACAUUAUACCAUCCAACAUCUUCCUCAAAAGCGGCUCCCAGGUCAACCCGAGCGACUACCCGGUCAGCAUCAAGCUAGCGGAUUUCGGCUGCGCCAUUACUGAUAGCGAGAUGGAAGCUCACAACUAUACCCUCCUUGAUCUUCCCCUCGUGGCUGAUCAGUACAGGCCUCCAGAAGGGGCGCAAGCCACUGAAGCCACGGAUAUGUAUCAGGUUGGGUUGGUCAUGUCGCUCAUGUAUUGCAUGACGGAUAGCCCCUUGCGAGAUCUUGUCGAAGCGGGUAACUUAUCGCGGGACUGUCUUAAGGGCUACAAGGGGUAUUCGCCUGAGUUGCGCAUGUAUAUUGAGAUGUGUCUUGAUGCUGAGGAUGAUCAACGGCCCGAUGCGAACUUCUUUCUACUGCGCAUUCAAAGUGCGCGGAGGUCGUUGCGCAACAUGGGUAGGUUUGAUGGGCAGGUCGAUCUUUUUGCAAAGCAUUGA